AUGUCCGAGGCGAAGCCGCUGCUCCAGCGCUGGUUCUUCAACGCCAGCGCCUUGGGCCACGCUUCCAAUGAUUACGGUUUCAGAAUUAUCAUUUAUUGUCGAGUUUUCAAGAUUCUUGUUGUUUUUGAGUGUAUAAUUAGUGAUUUUGAAGUCAGUUUCGUAGAAUUUUUGGCGGUUUUUUGACCAAAUUUACUGUUUCAAGUUACGAUUUUGAUCAAUUUCGGUUCCGAAUUCACUUUUUUAAGGUUAAUUUGAUAGGAUUUAUCGUUUUUUCAUGCAGAAAUCGGUCUCAAAAUUAUCAUUUAUGUCGAUUUUUCAAGAUUUUGGUCGUUUUCGAGUGUAUAAUUAGUGAUUUUGAAGUCAUUUUCGUAGAAUUUUUGGCGGUUUUUUGACAAAAUUCAUUGUUUUUAAGUUCCUUUAGAAGGCUUUUAUCAAUUUCGGCACCGAAAUCACUUUUUUAAGUUGAUUUUAAAGGGGUUUAUUGUCGAAAUGAUCAUUUUUAUCGGAUUUUCAAGAUUUUAGUCGUUUUCAAGCGUUGAAUUCUUUCAUUUUUCGACGAUUUUGAGGCCAAAUUCACUGUUUUAAGUUGCUUUGGAAGGCUUACAUCAUUUUUGGUCUCGAAUUUAUUUUUUUAGGUUGAUUUUUAAGAAGUUUAUCGUUUUUUCAUGCAAAAAUCGGCCUCAAAAUUGCCAAUUUUGUCGAUUUUUCAAGAUUUUGGUCGUUCUUGAGUGUUGAAUAAGAGGUUUUGAACACAUUUUAGUCCAUUUUUAGCGGAUUUUGGGAUCAAAUUAACUGUUCUAAGUCGAUUUUGAGAGCUUCGAUCGUUCGUCUUCUUCUUCGUUUCAAAUUAAUCAAUUUUAUCAAAUUUUCAAGCCUUUAGUUGCUUUACCUGUGUAGAAACCUUUGUUUGAAAAAUAUUCCUGAAAGUUUUUUUGAAAAAGUUUUGAAUAUUUUUUUCAUUAAAAAGGGUUUUUAAGCAUUCUAGACCGUCCUUUCGAUGAUUACGGUUUCAAGAAUACAUUUUAGAUCCAAUUAUUAAAAUUUUGGUCGUUUUUAAGUGUUGAAUACUUGGUUUUGACUUCAUUUUCGUACACUUUUUGCCGAUUUUGAGGCAAAAUUUACAGUUUUAAGCCAAUUUUUAAGGCUUUUAUGGUUUUCUUUUUUCAAAAUAUUGGUUUCAAAAAUCUUCAUUUUUUUCUGAUUUUUCGAGGUUUUAUCCGUUUUCUUUCGUUUUUUUCCGAAAAAAAUAUAUAUAAUUUGAAUUUUUGAUGCUUUUUUUGUACGUAAAAUAUGGUCUUCAAGUUGAUAAUUUAUUCGAGUUUUGAAGAUUUUUGUCUUUUUUCUACCGAUAUAAAAAUUUUUUUCGCAUUUUUUUCUGAAUUUUCUAUUGGAAUCGUGAUUCUAAAAAAACUUCGAGAAAUCAAAUUUUGUUUCGAAAAAAAUUACGAGGCUUUUUUUGCGCUAUUUUUUUCUGUUUCAGUUCAAGUUUUUUUGAAUUGUUUUUCAAAAAAUUUUUUUUUUCGAAUAUGAGUUUUCUGAAAUUUCAUUGAUUUUUUUGAAGCAAUUUUUGAUCAUGAGUUCCAUUUUUUUGAAUGUUUAUUAGUUGAAAUUGGAGACCGACUCAAAAAAACUAAACUUUCCGAGUUUUUUUCUUUCCACUGAUUCCGGUUUCAAUCGUGCGUCAAGUUUCAAUUCCAGAAUAGUUUUUUUAUUAAUCAAUUCAUCACCAUUAAGCGAUUAAUGUUAUUUUUUUGAUUAUUUUUUUUAUUUUUUUUAUUGUCAGAGUUUUUUUAUAAUUUCCAGAUUUGAUAUCUUUUCGGCACGUCUAUACACAUUUUUUUCCCGUUUCAAAGUUGCUUUUUAAAGAAUUUUUUUGAAAAAAAUUGUUUCCCUUUUUAUUUUUUUGACGUGGCUCAUUAGUCUAAUGACAUUAGGGAUCCAAAAAUAUUUAUUUUGGUUCUUAAAAAUUUUUAAUUUUUGGUUAAUAUGUAGAAUAUUUGUGAAUCAGGCCUAAAACGGAAUUUUCGAGAUUUAUUGAUUUUUGAAAAAUUUUGGAAACUCUUCCAAGGUUUAUUUCUUCUCAACUUAUAUUUUUUAUUCUCCUCGGAGUUUUUCUGAAUUUUCGAAGCUUCUGAAAAACGCUCUUAAAAAAAUUCUUAAAAAAAGUGUUUUUUUGUAAUUUUUUUGAAGUUUUUUUGCCGUUUUUUUUUUAAAUUUUCUAUUAUUCUUCAAAGCAAGUUUUUCUUCUUUCAUUUGAAUUUCGAAGGCUUCUUUUCGUAAAUCUCGAUUAUUAAAAUCAAAAAAGGCCAUUUUCGGGUCUUUUUCGGGAUAUUUUAGGGAGUUUUUUUAGUAAAUUCAAAACAGGCCAUUCUCGGGUCGUUUUUGGGACAAAUCAGGGAGAUUUCAAGGAGUUCAAAAUAAGGAAAAUUUCGAGUUAUAGUUGGGGAAAAAAAUCAGAACGUAUUUAUUUUUUCUUCUUCCAAAAGUUGGAAAAAAUAAUCUUGAGAUCCUUUUUCUUGGGAUCAAACUAUAGACAUUUUUCGCUUUUUUCCCGUCUUUUUAUACCUCCUCGAGUGCAUUUCAAUACGUUUUCCCAUGAAUAACUCACUUCAAUUUGUCGGAGACAUUUUUCGAAUUUUUUAUGACUUUUCAUUAUGAUGGCUUUUAUUCGAAAAAGGGCUUUUUUAGGCGAUUUUAGGGAGAUUUUUGAUUUUUUUACGACAUGACUGAGAAAAACUCUUGUGGCCACUUCAGAGGUUUCUCAAGGGAUAUUAGGAGAGGACACUAAAGUGGCCACUGAAACUAGCUCUAUAGAAGUCACUUUUUUGCUUAGGGGCCACUAUAGUGGCAGAGUAGUAUCCAAUAGACUUCUGAAGAGGUCACUAAUUUUAGCCACUUAAGUGGCCACUAAUUUGACAGCUUUAGUGAACAAUAAAACGUCAAAACCUUAAAGUGGUCACUAAAAAUUUUGAUUUUUCUACAACCGGACUGAGAAAAACUCUGAUGGCCACUUAAGAGGUCCCUGAAGGAUUACUUGGAGAGGACAUUAAAGUGGCCACCUAAAUCAGCACUAUAGAAGUCACUAUUUUACGUUUUAGUGGCCACUAUAGUGGUUUUAGUGAUUCUUAAAGAGGCCCCUACAUCCAGCCACUUAAGGGGCCACUAAAUCGACAGCUAUAGUGGUCAAUAAAACCUCAAAACCCUAAAGUGGUCACUAAGAAUUUUCCCAGUGAAGGCUUCUUUUCGUCAGUUUUGAUUAUUGAGCUCAAAAAAAGGCGAUUUUCGGGAGAUGUCGAAAGGAUUUUUCCGGAAAAUGUAGACGAUUUCUGACUCUCUACGAGCGUCAUAGCUCUGAAUAGAAAAAAAGAAAGGGAACGUUCGAAGAAAUAUGAAAAGCCUUCAUUAACGUAAUUAUACGGGGCGAGCACUUGUUUGUCUGCCCCUCUUCGACAUUUUUAUCAAAUGACACGUUUUUUUGAGAAAUUACAUGUUAGAUUGAUAGGGAAAAAAAUGUCUCAAGCUGAUGAUUUUCAUAGGUUUUUUUCGGCAAAAUUGUUCAAUAGAAAAAAAUAUUUUUUUCCAUUUUUUUAAUGAUUUCUAGCUGGAUUUUUUUAGCGGAUAAAAUCGUAUUUUUUUGAAUUUUCUUUUUAAAAAAACUUGUGAAGCUUUCUAGACCGGAUUCUGAAGCUUAGAAAAAAAGAAAAAUUAAAUUUUUGAGAUUGAAAUGUUAUAAGAUUUUUGAGGAUAUUAUCAGAGGAAUCUCUUGUAAAUCUUCCGAAAAUGGUUUCUCUGAAAAGUCUGUUUUUUUUUUCAUGUGAUCUCGCUUUUCUUUAAAAAAAUUUUUUUUGACGACAUCGCAAAAGUCCCGCGCCUCGCUUUUUGAAAGCUUUCCAAAUUUUUUUUUGACUGCGGGAGAAAGGCGAUGUCGCGUAUACACGUAUACACAUACCGCCUUCCACACAAAAGCUCGAUUUCCGCGAUGAAAGUGGUACAUUGACGACAUCGCAAAAGUCCCUCGGCUUGCAUUUUUCUAGGCGCAAUCACGAAUUUUCGGAAUAAUACAACUUUUGUUAAGACUGCGGGAGAAUCGCGAUGUCGCGAUGUCACGUAUACACGUAUAUACACAAUGCCUCUCACGCAAAGCCUGAUUUCCGAGAUGAAUGCGGUACAUUGACGACAUCGCAAGAGUCCCGCGUUGCAUUUUUUUCGGCGCAGUCACGAAUUUUCGAAAUAUUCUAAUUUUCUGCGGGAGAAAUGCGAUGUCGCGUAUACAAGCUUACACAUAUUGUCUUUCACACGGUACAUAAACGACAUCGCAAAAGUCCCGCGCCUCGCAUUUUGAAACCUUCCAAUUUUUUUUUUCGACUGCGGGAGAAAUGCGAUAUCGCGCGCGGUGACGUCAAUGUGCCGCAACAACCUAUACAAGACGAAUAUGCAAAAUUUUCAGCGUCAUCGUCGUCGCUGCUGUUCGGCGGCAACCAGACGUCGUUGCUGUUCGACCUCUUCGGACAGGCGAUGGAACGGCCGCCGGGCGACACCCGGACGUUGCUCCAGAACCUCUACUACUUCUACAUGCCCUUCUGCGUCUUCGUCGGCCUCACAGGGAAUACCAUGGUCUGGAUCCUUAUUAGGUACGUUUUUUCCUUCUCUCUUCAAAAAAAAAAGUUGGGAAAUAUCUUCUUUUUGACAAUGGUCGCGCCGUGGGCGGGUCGACCUGGUUUUCCAGUUUUUGGGCAAAAAAAGGACUUUUUUUCAAACUUCGAGCUUGAAGGCUUCAAACAUCUCAUUGUCACUAUUCCCAUGUUUCAUAACCCCUCUGUGAGAGAAAAGAGAGCGCAGACAGGUCAGACACAAAUUAGGAAAGGCGAAUCGCGGGUAACCCAAUUAGACUAGCCUUUCUCCUUCUUUUUUUCCCUUUUUCCACUUGUUAAUUUCAUUUUCCUUGGCCUGAAAUAGAACGGAGAUGAAGCUUCCCGGUUCAAGUGUCCAUUUUUUUGGGGGGAUUUUUUUGAAAUGUGGGUUAAACUGUUUUUUUGAAUCUCUAGAUCUGCAUCUUCUUCAGUUCAAAGUUCUUCGAAAUCGACCGCACUUGGAAUGGCUCUGAAGGCUGCGAAACAGUUGCGCCCGACCAAAUGCGACUUGCGCGCGAGAGCUCCGAAAAACGCUAGAAUGAGCGUCCGCGACCCUUUGAGCCAUUCCAAACGCGACCACGGUGUUUAA